CUUCGCGCUCGGACCUUCGCCGGAGGGGCCGCGGCAUCAUGACGGUGGGAACGAGGCUCCGAAGCAAGGCGGCUCGCCGGCCCCGAGCGCGAGGGCGGACGGCGGGGGACGAGGAGGCGGCGCCCAUCCUGGAGCACCUGGAGUGCGGGGACGAGGCGGCGGGGCCGGCGGAGGGCGCGGCGGGCGGGCGGCGCCCGGGGGCCCGGGGCGCGCGGCAAGUGCACCUCGCCGCCCUGCCCGAGCGCUACGAGCCGCUGGACGAGCCCGGCCCGGGCGAGAAGCCCAAGCGGAGGUACCGGCAGAAGCUGAAGAAGUACGGCAAGAACGUCGGGAAGGUCAUCACCAAAGGAUGCCGCUACGUGGUCAUCGGCCUGCAGGGAUUCGCCGCAGCCUACGCCGCCCCCUUCGCGGUCACCACCAGCGUGGUUUCCUUCGUGCGCUGACAGGGGAGCUGCUUGGGCGGGCGCCGCGGAGUGAUGGAGCCGGGACAGUGCGGAUCCAGGAGCAUUUCAGACUUGAACUCACGGCAGACUUGGAGGAGAAAAAAUGUCUUUCUUUGUUGACUCGGAUGAGUGUGAUGAAUGAGUCAUCCCUGCCCACCUGCUGAGCUUUUCUCGUCUCUCACACACGUGUGGAUCCCGUGGUCAGUCCCGCAGAGAAUCAGGCCGAGGUUGGGUUUGGGAUUUGAGUUGGUUUGCUAAAGCCUGAGCCUUCGGGGAAGGUGGCGGGUGCCGAUGGAGGCCAACACCGGGCAGAUUCGAGCGUGGGGAGCAGAGUGGCGAUUGCGGGGGGAUGAGAGGAUGCUGACCUCAGAUGAUUUUCUGUGUCCUCCUGGGACGGUCACGGGCUGAUGGGCACUCACGGCCCUUGGCUGCCUCUGUUCUGAGGGCAGCUAAGGAGCCGUUUAUGUCCCAAGUUGUCCUCCCCCAUCUCCUUCCUCCGCCACUCUGUCACCAGGAGUUGAAUUACAGGCUUGAGAAGAAGGAAGGAAGACAAAACCUCUUUGAAGGCUAUGAUGCUUUGAAAACUGUGUCGAAAGUAUGUCAUGGCUGUUUAAAGUAGAUAAAAGCUUGUCAUUUUCCUCCAUCUUUGCAAGGUCGUGCGGCUGGCAAGGAGGGGAGGAGGAAGGGCAAGUUCAGAUGCGGGAUGGGUGGCUGGGACGGAUUGGCCGAGGGACAGUCCUGAGGGCUGUGGUGCCUGGUGUGGCCCAGUUUGGCCCAGCUGGGACUUUGGGGCCAGCCAGACUCUCCAGCAAGGGUGCAGCUGGCUUCGAUCGGGAUCCUGGCAGCAUCUGCCCACUCCUGACAGCUGCGCGCUGGCAGGGGCUGAGAGAGAGAGAGAGAGAGAGAGAGAGCAUCUGGGAAUGAACGUGUGCAUUUAGAGAGGGAACCAGUAAGUAGGAGACAAGCGUGGAGGAAGUGGAACCAAGGCAAGAGGACGGGGGCGCUGGGGGCAGUCCAGGAGGCGGGUCUGGAGCAUCACUGUUGGGGAGUCUGGCGGGCUGGGCCUGUGCCUCUAGGUGGGGUCAGGGGAGCUGGGUGGCCAGAAGUGCCGUGGCUGGUGCUUAAAACCCCUCCGAGGCCAUGAGCUCACACUGGCUGCCUUUGUAGCUUCCUUUCCUCUUCCACGCUGGCUGGUCUGACCUCAUCUCACCUGGACUCGAAGGUUGGCAUGGGCACGCGUCCCAGGCCUGACACCCACCAGGGAUGAAACGAGGACUGCCACUGGACAGGGAGGUGAAGGAAAGAGCGGGUCCCUCACACCGCGCCCCCCUGCCAACCCCACCGCAGGCCACUGUUCUGACUUUAUUUUCCACAUAUCCGGAAGGCCAAAGUGGUUUUUGCUGACCAGUCUGCAGGGUCAGCGGCCACACCUACCUGUUGUCACGUAGGUGGAAGGGAGGCCACGACGCUCAUGCUGCUUUGAUCAAGCCCAACUAGAAGUCACUGGGAGGUGAGAAGGUAGCAAGACAGACAGAGGGACAGAAAAAGGAAUGGGUGGAGGAGAAGGUCGUAGCUGUGAAGCUAGACUUUGCUUUCUGAAGCUUUGACCUCAUGUUGAAGAGAAACUGGAAACCAAUUCUUGCAUCAUUAAUAUUUGAGGAGGAGAGGAAACAGGUGAUCUUGUUUUAGCAUGAGGGAUGAAAGUUGAUAAUGGCACAUGCGCACACAUGCGAGGUAACGACAGCUUGCCCCGCACUCUGGGGGUCGGGGAAGAGCAGAGAGAGACGCAAGUGGGAGAAGCGGCCACGCAGUUAGUGGGGAAGCGAGUCAGGCCCUGUGGGGGCUGCCAGUCACAGGGAAUGAAGACAGGAGGUCUGGAGGACACCCUCCCCUGUGACCCCAAGGAGCUGACUGACUCCUCGUGGGGACGUGGAAGGGGACCCCAGGAAGGGACCAGAGCUGCUGAGGCCUUUUCCUUGCCUGGGAGUCUGUCUAAAAAAGAGCUUCCCCACCCCCCAAAUUGGACAGACUGUUCAGUCCAGCACAUUUGGCCCUGAAAUUCUUAAAGCCUGGUUGAGCAUUAACCCAGAAAUGUCCAAAGUCAAAACCUCGCAGGGAUUGUCCCGGGAGUCAGGUUCAUGGGUACAGAAGAUGAACUUCAAACUGUCACUCGCCUGAGUCAUCAUUUCUCCUGUGAGGCUCCUGUGUUUUUCUCGUUCUUUGUUCCUUGAGCUUACGAACUUGGAUCCCGUCUCAGUUUACCUUUUUACCUUUUCUUCAUCUUUAACUUUUUUUUUUUAAAUAUGAGGGCCCGCACCCUACUGAGAAUCAAGUUCUAGAGCUUUCCCAUCAUGUGCUUGACAGAGAAGCUUCUUUUGUAUCCUUUCUUGCCCUAUUAUGUAAAUAAAA